GAAACAGUCGAAAUCACAUUACCAGUAAAUCAGGCGAGUUAUACCGUAGAAACUUGUGAUGAUAGAACAGCGCAAGACACUCCAUAUUCUCUAGGAUUUUGGUUACAAAUUCAAAGCGCAGAAGAUGGGUAUGUGUCUGUCGAGACGGUACGCCACUAUGGGAGUUACGUCAUCGCUUAUUAUAAUUUACAACAAAAGGAGAUCGAUCAAGACACUAAAAUUUCCGUUCACAAUUCGUGUAAAAAUGAGCGCAUCCCUGACUCUCCAGUUGACUGCGAUAUUACUAGUGAUGAUGUCGACGACUACAUUUUAUCGUCUUUAGUGCUCUUCUCUGUCAAACAAAACGUUCCAAAAUACGUCUUCAUAUCAAAGCCUUUUAAUGAAGAGUUUUCAAUGGACCUUCCAGUGGUCGUCACACACAUGACCAGUUCUUGUGGUGUUUUUUACCAAGAAAUUUUAUGGAACGACAUCAUCUUAAAAAAUGGCACUAAAGUGUUUUUAUCGGACAGAAUGUUGAAAGCGAGUGACGCUUGUCUCCCAUAUGACGAGCUUGGCAAGUGGUUUUUAGUCCGUGGAGUAGAUCAGUCCAUAUCAAUUUCUACCUGUGACAGUCCACCUGGAGUUGAAGUUGGGUUUAAUGUUAUAGCAAUAGAUAACACUGAAACCAUUGACAAGACACUUUCAUGUGGGCGUGACAAUGCAAAUGCGCAAUGUGUAACAAUUGGAAGUAAGACGUGUGGAACUUCUGAUUUGGAGCAUUCGGCUGCAGUGGUCACAUUAAGUCCAACCAAAAAUUACUUCAUCUUAGUCACCACUUCAUUUAAAAUGCCAGUGACUAUUACAUUGAGUGUUAAUGCAGUAUGUCCAAUGGAUUGUGGAGAACAUGGGAUAUGCAGUACAUCACAACAAAAGUGUAUAUGUGAUGCGGGGUAUGUCAAUAAGAAUGGGGUGUGCUCUUUAUGUGGAAAUGGGAAGUACGACAGUGGAUAUGAAGAAUGUGACACCUCAAAUUUCAAAGACGUUUUAUGUGAUUCAGAUACGUGUAUGUGCUUUGAUGGGUAUUCUCCAAAAUCCAUUUCUGGAAUUACAAAGUGCUCUCUGAGUACAUGUGGUGACAAUGAAAUUGGAAUGGGCGAACAAUGUGAUGGUGGUGUAGGUUGUGAUCAUUGUGUAUGUGACACAUCUUUAGGGUAUCGAAUGUUUCAAACACCGCGAAAAUAUUGUUUGUCUUCCAAAUGUGGGAAUGGGUUAUUAGAUGAUGGUGAAGAGGGUGUU